CGCCGCCGCCGCCGGGCCGGGGGCAGGCAUGGCCGAGGGUGUGUGAGCACCGAGCGCGAGGGGCCGCCGCCACCAUGCCAGGGGGCGCAGGCGCCGCCCGGCUCUGCUUGCUGGCGCUCGCCCUGCAGCUCCUCCGGCCGCGGGCGGCGCAGGAGCCUGGAUGGACAAGAGGAAGUGGGGAAGGCAGCCCCCACCUGCAGCAUGAACUAAUAAUACCUCAGUGGAAGACUUCAGAAAGCCCCGUGAGAGAAAAGCAUCCACUCAAAGCUGAGCUCAGGGUAAUGGCUGAGGGGCGAGAACUGAUCCUGGACCUGGAGAAGAAUGAGCAACUUUUUGCUCCUUCCUACACAGAAACCCACUAUACUUCAAGUGGCAACCCUCAAACCACCACACUGAAGUCAGAGGAUCACUGUUUUUACCACGGCACAGUGAGGGAGACAGAACCGUCCAGCGUCACGCUCAGCACCUGCCGGGGAAUUAGAGGACUGAUUACUGUGAGCAGUAACCUCAGCUAUGUCAUCGAGCCCCUCCCUGACAGCGAGGUCCAACACCUAAUUUACAGAUCUGAACAUCUCAAGCUGCCCCCGGGAAACUGUGGGAUCGAGCACUCCAAGCCCACCACCAGGGACUGGGCUCUUCAGUUUACACAACAGACCAAGAAACGACCUCGCAGGAGGAAAAGGGAAGAUUUAAACUCCAUGAAGUAUGUGGAGCUUUACCUCGUGGCUGAUUAUGCAGAGUUUCAGAAGAAUCGACGAGACCAGGACGCCACCAAACACAAGCUCAUUGAGAUCGCCAACUACGUUGAUAAGUUUUACCGAUCCUUGAACAUCCGGAUUGCUCUUGUGGGCUUGGAAGUGUGGACUCAUGGGAACAUGUGUGAAGUUUCAGAGAAUCCAUACUCUACCCUCUGGUCCUUUCUUAGUUGGAGGCGCAAGCUGCUUUCCCAGAAGAAACAUGACAACGCCCAGUUAAUCACGGGCAUGUCCUUCCACGGCACCACCAUCGGCCUGGCCCCCCUCAUGGCCAUGUGCUCCGUGUACCAGUCUGGAGGAGUCAACAUGGAUCACUCCGAGAAUGCCAUUGGUGUGGCUGCUACCAUGGCCCAUGAGAUGGGUCACAACUUUGGCAUGAGCCACGAUUCUGCCGAUUGCUGCUCGGCCAGUGCGGCUGAUGGUGGGUGCAUCAUGGCGGCUGCCACUGGGCACCCCUUUCCCAGAGUGUUCAAUGGAUGCAACAGGAGGGAGCUGGACAGGUAUCUGCAGUCAGGCGGUGGAAUGUGUCUCUCCAACAUGCCAGAUACCAGGACGCUGUACGGAGGCCGGAGGUGUGGGAACGGGUACCUGGAAGAUGGGGAAGAGUGUGACUGUGGAGAAGAAGAGGAAUGUAACAACCCCUGCUGCAAUGCCUCUAAUUGCACCCUGAGGCCAGGGGCAGAGUGUGCCCACGGCUCCUGCUGCCACCAGUGUAAGCUGCUGGCUCCUGGGACCCUGUGCCGUGAGCAGGCCCGGCAGUGUGACCUCCCGGAGUUCUGCACGGGCAAGUCUCCCCACUGCCCUACCAACUUCUACCAGAUGGAUGGUACCCCCUGUGAGGGUGGCCAGGCCUACUGCUACAACGGCAUGUGCCUCACCUACCAGGAGCAGUGCCAACAGCUGUGGGGACCCGGAGCCCGGCCUGCCCCUGACCUCUGCUUCGAGAAGGUGAAUGUGGCCGGAGACACCUUUGGAAACUGUGGAAAGGACAUGAAUGGUGAACACAGGAAGUGCAACAUGAGAGAUGCAAAGUGUGGGAAGAUCCAGUGUCAGAGCUCCGAGGCCCGGCCCCUGGAGUCCAACGCGGUGCCCAUCGACACCACUAUCAUCAUGAAUGGGAGGCAGAUCCAGUGCCGGGGCACCCACGUCUACCGAGGUCCUGAGGAGGAAAGUGACAUGCUGGACCCAGGCCUGGUGAUGACCGGAACCAAGUGCGGCUACAACCAUAUUUGUUUCGAGGGGCAGUGCAGGAACACCUCCUUCUUUGAAACCGAAGGCUGCGGGAAGAAGUGCAAUGGCCAUGGGGUCUGUAACAACAACCAGAACUGCCACUGCCUGCCGGGCUGGGCCCCACCCUUCUGCAACACACCAGGUCACGGGGGCAGCAUUGACAGUGGGCCCAUGCCCCCUGAGAGUGUGGGUCCUGUGGUGGCUGGAGUGCUGGCGGCCAUCUUCGUGCUGGUGGUCCUCCUGCUGCUGUACUACUGCUGCAGACAGAACAAGAAACUAGGCCAACUCAAGCCCUCAGCUCUGCCUUCUAAGCUGAGGCAGCAGUUCAGUUGUCCCUUCAGGGUUUCUCAGAACAGCGGGACUGGUCAUGCCAACCCAACUUUCAAGCUGCAGACUCCCCAGGGCAAGCGAAAGGUGAUCAACGCCCCUGAAAUCCUGCGGAAGCCCUCCCAGCCUCCUCCCCGGCCCCCUCCAGAUUAUCUGCGUGGUGGGUCCCCACCUGCGCUACUGCCAGCACACCUGAGCAGAGCUGCUAGGAACUCCCCAGGGCCCGCAUCUCAAAUAGGGAGGACGGAGUCAUCCAGGAGGCCUCCCCCAAGCCGGCCAGUUCCCCCUGCACCCAGUUCCAUUCUUUCCCAGGACUUCUCCAGGCCUCGACCGCCCCAGAAGGCGCUCCCAGCAAACCCAGUGCCAGGCCGCAGGGCCCUCCCCAGGCCAGGGGGUGCAUCCACGCUGUGGCCCCCUGGUGCUAGCCCUCGGCAGUCCCAGCCUGUGGCAGCACCUGCCCCAAAGUUUCCAGAAUACAGAUCACAGAGGGCUGGAGGGAUGAUUAGCGCGAAAAUCUAGACCUGUCCCGGGGGCUCCUCCCUUUUCUUGAGCUCUCUGGACACUGCAGAGGACCCAUGGCCAUGGAAUCCGGAAGAAGCAUGUCUGGCUGCCUCUGAGCUCCUCCCGCCCUCUUCUGGGAACCUCCACUUCUCCAAAAACCUGGUUGACUCAGUGCCUCUUCGGCUUCCUUGGAAGCCCAGAGGGACUAUGAUCCAAUGGCUUCUAGGUGUUGUUUUGUGCAAUAUGCAGCCCCAGGUAGGGAGGGGAGGCCAGGAGGAGGGUGAAUGGCAGCUUCUCCUCCAGACUCCCAGCCCUGAGGUGCUGAUGGAGACAGUCAAGGCUGGCAAGCCCAGUGGGAAAAGUCCUGCCCAGCCCCUCAGGCCAACACUCUGCUUGUAGAAACAUCCAUCCACUCCUGGGGUGCAAGGCGUGCACGAGGGCUUCCCAGUGCUUUUGCCUUCCUCAGAGGUCCUGGGCUGGACAGAGGCUGGCAUUGACUCCUUUUAGCUUUUAGGGGUUAAGGAAGGGUCAAGCCAGCCACUGCUGUGGCUCUGCCCAGGGCUUGGUUGAGGAAAUGGCUUCUGGCUGUAUGGCUGCAUGCGACAAGCCAAGUCCCCUCCCACCUCUCCCCAAACCCCUGCGUCCCCGUAUUCACACGGGUCACUCUGAUUCAGACAGGUACUAUUCAUAGGCAGUGUAGACAGCCGGAGGCGCACCGGACUUGGGCUUCCUCUGAGCCGUGAUGCCAAAGGUUGCGACUCCCGACUCUGGAGAAUUUUUGCCCUUUGUUUUCUCCGCCGCAUUUGCUGGUUCCCCGUGCUUUUCUCUCUUCCUUCCCCUCAUUCCCACUCUAAUGUGUGGUAAUUUGGUGAGCGAACCCUCAGCAGUCCUGACCUUCUGGUGACCAGGUGCUUGUGACCUACAAGUCGGAGUCCUCUCUCACAGUCAGCCACUGGAUUUCAGUACUGGCUCUCAGGAGUGUGACCAGAGUAGACUCGGGACAUGGCCACCGGGGUCAUAUCGUUAUUAUUCAUUAUGUUUUGUGACCUCAGCACGGUGAGGGUCUUCCUCCCUACUCUCUGAGCUAAAUCUCGGUGAGGUCCCCCCUUAGGGAGCUCAGCUAUUUACAAAGUACACGUGAGGGAGCCAGCCUGCCCUGGUGGCUGCUCAUUGACCUCGAGCAGGACUGUUGCCCUCUGAGCAGAGGCAGGCCCGUUUCUGACCAAGGGAGCUGCCCAAGAUCCCUAGAGAAGGCAGACAGCAACAGCUGUGCGGAACAGUCAGAGCUGGGGAGUGUCUCCCCGCAGCGGAACAGUCAGAGCUGGGGAGUGUCUCCCCCCCCCCCCGCCGGAACAGUCAGAGCUGGGGAGUAUCUCCCCCACCGGAACAGUCAGAGCUGGGGAGUGUCUCCCCACCCAGCCUUUUGUCAUUAGCUUCCUUUUGUUCUCUCUGCUCACUGCCCUUAUCUGACCCUGUGAGCACGGGAGGGGCUCCACAGUGGCUCCUGUCCUCCCUGCAGCAGGGAAGGAGGGCUGUGUGGUGCUUUGCUAGUUUCGCAAAGCACCGGGAGAUGUUUUCUGGGACACUGACUCCCACCCCCACAAAGGUGCUGGGUGGCUCUCCGGAUAGGAGCUGGCCUGACUGUCCUCCUUUGAGGCUUUCCUGGGGCCUCCUCCCCUCCUGCAAUGAGCAGUUGUUUGCUCUUGAAAACCUCACGGCAAGGCUGUGGCUGAGCUUCUGGUUCACCACCCCAGGGCCUCCUUACAGUUCUCUACACACAAUAGGUGCUUCCUGGACGUUGUUGGGUUUGGAAAUAAGUGGAAAGUGUGGGAUGUACCCUUGGGGAAAAGCCUGUGGUGGGUUUAGAAAGAUCUCAGGAACAUGAGUUUCUCUUCCCUCAGGGUGGCUAUGAUAUAGGUCCCCCAUCUCUCUGCUGUGGGUCAUCCUUGCUCCGGAGAUCCAUUCCCCACCUUUCCUGUGGGCCAAUUAAGUCAGGAGACCACCUUUUAUUUAAAUGUGUCACCCUCUGCCUCAAGGCUUGGUUCCAGAAAGGUAAAGGUGAAAAUAUCCCCUUUCACCCCCCUGCCAAACAAACAAGCAACAUCCUCAAAACCCAACCCCAUUCCUCACAUUGUUCCUGUGGCUUCUCCAGCCUUUCUCCCUCACAUCGGGAGGUAGAUGGCUCUGAAGUGACAGCACCACAGCCACAGCGACUGCAUGAGCCGUCCGAACUGCAGUCCGUCCUCCCUGGAACCACAGCAGAAGGAGACCUGGGUUGCUGUUUUCUUGCUUUUUGUUUUGUUUUGUUUCAAUAUCACCUCCAUCCCAUCAAAUUGUACUGUGAACUGGAGGAUGGUGGAAUGUUCUGGCAUUUGAUGGAGACUUUCGGCAACCAGUUCUGCUGAUGCUUUGCUCCUAGCUCUGUUCAGGGAGGGGCCCGGGAGGAAGACUGGCCAUUACGCAUCUCCUUUUCUCUCCACUGCCCAGUGUGCUGUUUUGAGGUGUCAAAUACAAAUAAAUCUGGGCUUAGGGAAGGCGAGACCUUAUUCCAAAGCAUGAUUGCAGAAGACGAAAGGGAAUGCUGUACAAGGAAGAGGAAGGGGCCUAUGGGAGUCGUGAGAAGGCUCAGACCUACCGACAGCAGAUCUGCAGGCAUCUCAAAGCCCAGGCAGAAAAGGCCUUUUCUUUCACUGGAAAAAGUAAACAUGACUAGAAAAAGCUGCGUUCAGGGAGCUGCGUUCAGGGAAUCACUUUGUGCCCAGCCUUUUAUUUUUUCAGGGGAGGGGCUGUUUGCUGGCUCAGGCUGAGGGUGGGCCAAAGUCCAGGGUCUGGUGGGAGGAGGGAAGCUUAACUCAAGUUUGGCUUAGUGAGUUAGCAAGCUCUUCGUGCAGAUGGAGAUGUAGGUAAAUCUCUUUAAAAACAAAAUUAACCUGCCAAUCUUACAACCCAAUCAUUUUUUUAAGGGCCUUAGAGCCAUCUCUAAAACAAACCUCAGGAGAUUUCGUGCCGUCUCCCUGUCUUUGUGGAAGCUUUAGCCUGGGCACCUGGCCCCAUCUUGUCUGCUAGCCAUAGGUUCCUUUCAGCCUUGCUGACUUCUCCCUAUAAAAGUAAAGCCCUUUUCUGCCCCAGCUCUAAGAUACUUGUAGAUCUGAAGGUCUGAGACUGGCCGAUUUUCUGGUUGAGUGUUCUUAGUAUUGCCAUAGUCCCUUCCCUCUGAAGCAAUAGCCCCUCACCACCUCCUGCAAUAACCCUUUCGAAUGACAUCUCUCCCUGCGUACUUCCUCAUUUGUUCUUGACAGAGGGUAUGGACGACUUGCAUUUUGAAAAUUGGGGACCAGUUCCAAAGUCUGUGUUUAUGUUAAUCAUGUGUAGAACAGCCCCGCUGGACACCCAAGAAAGCCACGGGAAUGCCAACUGGAAAGGUCCCCUUCCUGAGGGAAGCCUGCUAAGGAGAGGUUCUGCAGAAUCCAAACCCAAAUUUCCCAAGUCACACCCCCCACACCCCGCGUGUCCUCUCACACCGUCCACUGUGCGUUUGUAUGUGUCUGGGAUCCAGGGCAAUGUGAAUUUUCUUUUUAUUUGGGAGAUUGUUCACGGGAAACAGAUCUUCUCUCUUGUCCACCUAUUGUUUACAAUAUUUGUACAUCUAUGCAAAAUACUUGAAUGGGCCAUGGUGCCUUUUUUCCUUAUUUGUAUUUAAUUAAAAGGAAUUGUUUGUCAUUUGCAAUGUUAUCUGGUUUGGCAACUCUUUGCUGUGUGUUUGUUGCAAUGUCCUACUGCUCAGAUUAGAUAGGAUUCAUGACGUGGACUCCAGAAAGAGCUCUCACAGACAGUCAGUUCAGCCUGUAAAGACAUCAUGGUGGACCCUGAGCCAAAGCAAAGCCUGUGUUUUCCUGUGGCCAGUAGAGGGGGCUGCUUGUCUUUGCACCUGGACGCAGGCUGCUCUAGUUUAAUUAGGUCUUGGCUCAUUAAAGGCCUGAAUGAUCCUGGGAUUCUUCUGUAUGUUUCUUCUCAUCCUAUACAACUACGUGUAGAAGACAGCUGAAACCCUCUGUUCACGUCAUCUUAUUAAGGCAAGGGGUCAUACUUUAAAGAGGGGAGACAUUUGCCCGAGGUCUCUUGGGCUGGUUAGGUAGGCACAGCCAGGGAUAGGGUUGGGUGUGCUUUCUGAUUCCAGAACUUUGCGUGAUAGCACAGCUCGUAUUCAUUAGUGCUUCCCAGUCCACAAAAGGAUCCCACUCUCAUUCUCUCAUUGAUCCCUACCUCAAUGUUGAGGUUCUCUCAGAGAGAUGGAGGAUUAAUAACUAUGAUCGAAAAUAACAGUUACUGAGCAUAAUCGGCCCUCCAUAUCUGUGGGUUUCGAAGCCACAGAUUCAACCAACAGCAGAUUGAAAUAUUUGG